CACACUUGCGCUUCACUUAAUUUUAACAGGUCGAUUUCAAGUGGAAUGGUAACAUUAUACCGUGACUCAAAAGCGUUUCUUGUUUAUUGUCAUAUGGGAAGUUUUGGAUGUGGCGAUGGAGGGUGGACAACAGUAAUGAAGAUUGAUGGACACAAGGUUGGAUCGUCAUAAAUUGCCUUUUUUGAGUUUUUCACUAGCUUACCGUUCCCUCACAGCUAGAUUGUGCAAACCCAUCGGUUGCAGAGGGGGAGAAAGAAUGUUCCCCUCAGAGUAAUGUGAGUGAAUGUAUGAAUGAUAGAACCAAACGGCUUGAUAGGUCUUAAAGAUCUAGGUGUAAUAACAUAGACUCUAAGGAUAAGGACAGAAAAGGACGAAAGCAAAUAUUUGAUUUCCUACUGGCUACCUAAGUUGAUGUAUAGAGCUCAUCUUUCAUAUAGAUAAUAAAAGAAAUGAGCAACUUUCACUGGUAUUUUUUAGAGAACAUUUCAUUAUGAUUCACCGUAUUGGAGCAACAAAGUUGAAUACAUGCCAUCUGGAGGAGACACUGGGUUUGAUUCACAGGAGACCAAGUUAAUCACCUACUGGAACACAUCCUUCUCCAAGAUCUGUCUCGGUAUGAAUAUCAGCCAACAGAUCAACUUCAUUGUUAUUAACAAGCAGGCAGACUCUCUGUACUCAUUGAUCGCUGACGGGCAAUACCGCUCAACUUCAGUGGGUCGUGACACGUGGAAGACACUGGUUGGUUCACAGGCAUCUUUACAGCUCCACUGCAACAUGGAAGGGUUUAAUUCAUGGAGCCAGCUUGCAGCAUCAAAAACAAGAAUUGGCAUCUUGGGUAAUAAUGAACUUCAUUGUCAAUCCCCAGAUUCCAGGAUCGGUUUUGGUAUGGGGGGAGGUCCUGAUGACUCUAACACUUGUGGAAAUGAAGCUGCUGGACAAUGGGAGGCAGAUAACGGGAACCGUAAAAUCAAAGCAAUGGGAUAUAUUUUGGUGCAGUAA